AUUGGUGCACGCUCACUCUGCUCUGUUUUCUGAAGAAUUAGGGCUCAUUAAGGGUGCCACAGCUCAGCUCUACCCCAAGGAAGGAAGCAAACCUCGCUUCUAUCGGGCUCGUCAAGUACCGUACGCGAUGAGAGAGCCAGUAGCCAGAGAAAUUGAUCGUCAGGUUGCCUUGGGCAUACUAGAACCUGUGAAGUUUUCGCCCUGGGGCACACCUGUCGUACCGAUACGCAAGAAAGAUGGUUCCAUUCGAUUAUGCGGCGAUUACAAAAUCACAGUCAACAGGGAAACAAUCACGGAGACUUUCCCCCUACCUCGAGUAGAGGACUUGCUGGCGUCCCUGGCCGGUGGAACAGCUUUCUCUAAACUUGACCUCAAACAGGCCUAUCAACAAGUUGCCCUGGACGAUGAGGCAAAACGAAUGGUCACGAUUAACACUCACAAAGGGCUCUAUCAGGUGAAUCGACUGCCUUUUGGAGUGGCCUCUGCACCAUCCCUUUUUCAGCGGAUUAUGGAAAACCUCCUGCAAGGUAUUCCGGGAGUGUUGAUCUAUCUGGACGAUAUUCUUGUCACAGGAAAGACAAUUCCUGAACACCUUCAAAACCUGGACGCUGUCCUCACCCGGUUAGAGGAAGCGGGAGUGAAACUGAAGCAAGACAAGUGUUCCUUUUUGCUCCCCUCAGUCGAAUUCCUCGGACAUCGUAUCUCUGCAGAAGGCAUCCAACCCACCACGGAGAAGGUCGAGGCUAUCCACAAGGCACCUGAACCUCAGGAUAUUACUCAGCUUCGUUCGUUCCUGGGGGCUGUAAACUACUACCACAAGUUCCUUCCAGACCUAUCCACGGUUUUGGCACCCCUCUAUCAUCUGCUGCAGAAAAACACCAAGUGGUCCUGGGGCCCUAGCCACAGCAAGGCUUUCGAAAAAGUUAAGAAUCUUCUCACAUCCGAUCGUGUACUGGCACACUAUGACCCUUCGGAAGAGCUUGUCCUUGCAUGUGAUGCUUCCCCCUACGGAAUAGGGGCAGUCCUGUCACAUAAAUACUCCAACAGCCAAGAGAAACCAAUCGCUUUUGCAUCCCGCUCACUUGGGGCGGCCGAAAGAAACUAUUCGCAGUUAGAAAAGGAGGGAUUAGCAAUUGUGUUCGCAGUGAAGAAAUUUCAUCAAUAUUUGUACGGCAGGCGAUUUACCAUCACAUCAGACCACAAACCACUACAACAUAUUUUCAAGGAGACCUCCGCAAUCCCACAGAUGGCAUCAGCACGUAUUCAACGCUGGGCACUGUUGUUAGGAGGUUAUGACUACUCGAUAUCCUACAAACCGGGACGAGAGCAUGCCAAUGCCGAUAUGCUAAGCCGUUUACCGAGUGCAGCAGCACCAUCCUCAGUUCCACCCACUCCAGAAACAGUUAACAUUUUGGAAACUUUGGAUGCGUCACCAAUUACCUCCUCUCACAUCAAACAGUGGACGUCCCAAGACCCCACCUUAGCCAAAAUUCGGGAUUCCAUUGUGUCCGGUGAACGCCCAAGAGAAGAGAUUGCAAAGCCCUACCACAAGGUCUGGUCAGAACUGUCGGUGGAACAGGGUUGUCUCUUGAGAGGAAACCGAAUCGUGAUUCCCCCAAGAGGACGUACGGCAGUCAUGGAUUUGCUACACGAAGGACACCCCGGAGAAACUCGCAUGAAAGCCUUGGCCCGAUCGUUCGUGUGGUGGCCAGGGGUAGAUGGAGAUCUGGAAAACACUGUCAAAGAGUGUGAUCAGUGCCAACGAACACGGCAUUCCCCAGCCCAAGCUCCACUUCACCCAUGGGAGUUUCCAACCCUUGCCUGGGAACGUUUACAUGCUGACUUUGCGGGACCAUUCUUGGGUCAGAUGUUUCUGGUGGUGAUAGAUGCCUACUCAAAGUGGCUUGAAGUUGUGCCCAUGUCUACAGCCACAUCAUUCACGACCAUCGAGAAGCUCCGUACUAUCUUCGCAACUCACGGUUUGCCUCGGAUAUUUGUUACCGACAAUGGAACACAGUUCACUAGCACUGAAUUUCAAGCAUUUAUGAAAAGUAAUGGAAUCAAACAUAUUUGCUCAUCCCCGUACCAUCCCUCCACUAACGGCCUCGCUGAGAGAGCAGUUCAAAGUUUCAAAGAGAACAUGAAACGACGGUCAAAUGGGACAAUUGCCGAGAAACUCUCCCAGUUUUUACUCUGGUAUAGGUUAACACCUCAUUCCACCACUGGGGUACCCCCGGCAGAACUUCUAUUGGGAAGACGACCUAGAUCUAAGUUAGACCUCCUCAAACCGAAUUUGACGGAAAAGGUCCAAUCAAAAAUUGAAGUGCAGAAAAGGAACCACGAUUCCAAGACAAAAUUACGAUCUUUCAAAAUUGAUGAGAAAGUGUACGUCAAGGAUUUUCCAAAUGCAAAGAAAUGGUUGCCUGGAAAGAUUGUGGAUGUUCGAGGUCCACUGUCGUAUCAUGUUGAACUUAAUGAUGGAAGAAUUGUCAGAAGACAUGUGGAUGCUGUUCAUGAUCGUGCAGCUCCAGAGUCGGUGGAGGAGGACCAAAACGAUCAAACAAUUCCCCCUGUACAAUUCCCCCUGUACAAUUGGGAAACACCGAUACCGAGACACUGGACACUGAUACCGAGGCACUGGAUACCGAUACCGAGAGACAGGCCGAAACCGAACCGCAGGAUUCCCCACCGAUACGUACGUCUAGUCGUAUUCGAAGUCCGCCAGAUCGUUACAGUGUCUAAACCUAAGGGUGAGGGAAUGUAAGGACUAGAACUGUGAACUAUGAACUAUGUAUUAUUAUUAUUAUUUAUCCAUUAUGUCAUGUUUAUUGUUUCCUGUGUUCUGAGCGUGCGCCGCUCGUUAUCUUGAGUUAUGUAACCUCCUCGUGUUCUUGAUUAUUUUUAAGUAA